AUGACUGUGCUGGGGGGAUCAAGCAUUGUCUGCCGGAGGGAUGAUCCCCGAGCUCGGCCUGACACCGAGGGCGGCGGUGGAGAGUUUGGUGCAGGCGGCGCUGGGGCAGCUGGGGGACCUGGUGCCGCUGAUGGCGGCGGCGGUGGAGGAGGUGCCGGAGGUGCUGAGUUUGGGGAUGCUGUCUGGCUUGCAGCUCGAAUGGCAGCCUGUGUAGCGAGAGAGGCAGGAGGAGGAGCAGCAGCAGGCGGGGGUGGUGGUGGCGGGGGCUGCGCUCGUGGUACUGGGGAAGGGAUUGGCCUGGGAGGCACCGCUGAGGGCGGAGGAGGAGGAGGUGCUGCUGGAGCUGAAGAUGGGGGGGGCGGAGGAGGAGCAAGAGGUGAGGCGGUGGGUGGAGGCGGAGGUGCCAUUGAGGGUGUAGGCGAGGCCAAGGAAGACGGUUUGCGGGAUGUUGGGAGUGGCGGUGGUUUCUUCCCUAUCGGCGGAGGAGGUUUCUUUGUUGCUGGUGGUUUCGGUCUCCCAGGUACAGCUGGCGCAGAGCUGGUCGGAGGCUUUGGCGCAGAACCAAUGGGCGGCCGUGGGACAGACGAAUUCGAUUCCCCAGGAUCAGAGAGGUACGACGAGUCUCGAUUUGCCCCUGUAUCAAUUCCUCCUCCCCUCUUCUUCAGCUUGGGCAUGCCUCCGGCGAAAAGACCUCCCAGUUGUGGUGCCGCAUCAACACUCGGUGCGGCCGGAGCGGAACCAUGA